AUGUCAUCCCCUAUAAAGAAAGUUAUCGUCGCCGGAGCAGGCGGCCAUCUCGGGCCACAUAUCGUAUCUGCUUUCGAUACCGAUCCUAACUUCGAAAUCUCCAUUCUGAGCCGUCACUCAUCCAAGUCCACAUUCCCGCCUCAUAUCCCAGUCCAUCGCGUCAGCGACAACUACGACGAAACCGAGCUUGUCAAGGUCUUUACCGGACAGGAUGCGAUCAUUUGCACGAUCUCCAUGCAAGCCAUACACCAGCAAAAGGCCGUGAUAAAUGCAGCUGUCAAGGCCGGUGUGAAACACUUUGUGCCGUCUGAGUUUGGCCACGACACGCGGAAUGACCAGGCGGCUGCGAUGCUCCCGCAAUUCUACGCGGCAAAGAGACAGAUAGUGGAGUACUUGAAGAGCAAGGAGGGGGACGGGCUUAGUUGGACGGCAUUUGUGACAGGACCGUUCUUCGAGAUAGCCGUCACCAAUUUCCUAGGAUUCGACAUGGAAAGAAGACACGCCACGAUUCUGGACCAUGGCACGAAUCGAUGGUCGGCGACGACUCGCAGCACUGUAGGUCUUGCUGUGAAGAAUGCGAUGCUGAGUCCGGAACGGACCUCCAACAAGUACUUGUUUAUCGAGUCAUUUAAUGUCUCGCAGAGGGACAUACUCGCUUCAUUGGAAGAUGUGACGGGAGCAAAGUGGGACGUAACCUACCACGAUGCGGAAGAGGAAAAGCGGCUUGCCUUGGAGAAGCUGGCCAAGGGGGACUAUAGUGGAAUCCCCGCGCUUAUGCGGUAUAUAACCUGUGUCAAGGGGUAUGGUGGGAACUAUAUGGACAGCGAGGAGAGCGCGAAUAAGCUGCUGUCGUUGCCUGCAGAAAGCCUACAUGAGGUUCUGGCCGGAUCAACAAGGCAUGAAUGA